AUGAGAGAAGAUUAUAAAAUGGGACAUUUGGAAGAAGACGAACUAUUAGACUCACCAUUUAAAAUGUUUGAUUUAUGGAUGUCAAAUGAAAUCCAAUGGAAGUCAGAUAGAGAAGCAAAUGCAAUGACAUUAUCAACCUGCUCAAUAGAUUUAAAACCAUCGGCUAGAAUAGUAUUAUUAAAACACUAUGAUGAAAAAGGUUUUGUAUUUUAUACAAAUUAUAACAGUCGUAAAAGUAAAGAAUUAACAGAGAAUCCAUAUGCCGCAUUAACUUUUCUUUGGACACAACGUCAAGUUCGUAUCGAAGGUAAAGUCGAAAAAGUCUCACGUGAGGAAUCUGAAGCCUACUUUAAAACCAGACCACAUGCCAAUCAAAUUGGUGCAUGGGUAAGCGAAUUCCAAUCAUCGGAAAUCACUAAAGAACAAAUGGCUGAUAAUCAAACACGUUUAGAAAAACUUUAUGAAGACAAACCAGUACCAUUACCACCAUUUUGGGGUGGAUGGAGAGUUAUUCCAUCAGCAUUCGAGUUUUGGCAAGGUAAAGGUGGCAGAGUUCAUGACCGUAUCAAAUAUUUACCAAGUAAUGACAACACAAACUCAUGGUUCCAUAAAAGAUUAUCACCAUAA